CCUGCGCUUUGGUUGUGGCUUGCUUUUGUCACCUAUUAACUGGAUGUCCAGAGUAAAAGGCAUCGUUUAUUUCCACUGUCGUUUCAGAGCAUAAGUACAUUUUAAUAGUAUUAAGAUUUUCUUUGACAGUUUGCAACAGAUCAGUGUUUUGUUUUCUUUUCUGCAACAGUACAGCCUGUCGUAUCUGGAUCGAUAGACUGAACAGACACCUAAUUUGCCUGUGUCUGAUAUUGUGUCUGUUUUCGAACAUGAUAACUCGAUAUUAUUUGAAAAGAUUUUUUCGCUGAUUGCAACGGGACUCGUUCUCCUAACUAGCGAGUGGGUAUUCUGUCACAUCCGUGCGCUGCAGCUUACACACGAUUGACCGUGUUGGCGAGAGCAGUUCAGCCCAUUGAUGGAAUAUCGACAAAUCCAAAGCGGAGAGUGAAUCCAAGAUACAAUUUAACUGAAGGUGUUACUUUGCGUUCAUCAUUGCAAGACAGCAUCAAGGAUUUGCCGCAUACAUUCAGAGUUUGAACAAGUGCAGUGACCCAAGAUCCCAAACCCCAGAGAGAGAGAGAGAAAUAGGACCCUGGACGACUGGCGGCGUGGCUUCAAUUCACCCAGCUCUGAUGGUACCAACUCACCUGUGACACCAGCCAGAGGAUUCCCUUCAGCAUGUCUGGGCUCCAGAUGAGAGAAAUAGCAUGGCCACCUGGCACAGAAUGCAUAGCCAAGUACAACUUCCAGGGCACGACAGAGCAGGACCUGCCCUUUAGCAAAGGAGAUGUCCUAACCAUAAUUGGAGUUACUAAGGAUCCAAACUGGUACAAAGCCAAGAACAUCAUGGGGACGGAAGGCACCAUCCCUGCUAAUUAUGUUCAGAAAAGAGAGGGGGUGAAAUCAGGUGGCAAGCUCAGUCUCAUGCCGUGGUUCCAUGGUAAGAUCACUAGGGAGCAGGCGGAGCGGCUGCUGUACCCCCCGGAGACAGGGCUGUUCCUGGUGCGGGAGAGCACCAACUACCCUGGCGACUACACCCUCUGCGUCAGCUGCGAGGGCAAGGUGGAGCACUACCGCAUCAUCUACCACAACGGCAAGCUCACCAUCGAUGAGGAGGAGUACUUCGAGAACCUGAUGCAGCUCGUGGAGCAUUACACCAAAGAUGCUGAUGGCCUCUGCACCAGACUCAUCCGGCCAAAAUUAAUGGAGGGGACGGUAGCUGCCCAGGAUGAAUUCUCCAGAAGUGGCUGGGCACUGAACAGAAAGGAACUGAAGCUCCUCCAGACCAUAGGAAAAGGAGAGUUUGGAGAUGUGAUGGUGGGAGACUACAGGGGGACCAAAGUGGCGGUGAAGUGCAUCAAACACGACGCCACCGCCCAGGCCUUCAUCGCAGAGGCCUCCGUCAUGACGCAACUGCGACACAACAACUUAGUGCAGCUGCUGGGCGUGAUUGUGGAGGAGAAAGGCAGUCUCUAUAUUGUCACAGAGUACAUGGCCAAGGGCAGUCUAGUGGAUUACCUGCGAUCACGAGGUCGAACAGUGCUGGGCGGGGAAUGCCUGCUCAAGUUCUCCCUUGAUGUCUGUGAGGCCAUGGAGUACCUGGAGGCCAAUAAUUUCGUUCAUAGAGACCUGGCAGCUCGGAAUGUGCUGGUGUCUGACGACAACAUAGCCAAGGUCAGCGACUUUGGCCUGACAAAGGAGGCGUCCUCCACACAGGACACUGCCAAGCUGCCUGUCAAGUGGACCGCACCCGAGGCCCUGAGAGAGAAGAAGUUCUCCACCAAGUCGGACGUGUGGAGCUACGGCAUCCUUCUGUGGGAGAUCUACUCCUUUGGGCGCGUGCCUUACCCUCGAAUCCCUCUGAAGGAUGUGGUCCCGCGAGUGGAGAAGGGCUACAAGAUGGACGCCCCGGAUGGCUGCCCGCCUGUGGUGUACGACAUCAUGAAGCAGUGCUGGACCCUGGACCCCAUGAUGAGGCCCUCCUUCCAUGUGCUGAGAGAGAGGCUGCAGCAUAUCAGAGCCAAGGAGCUUUACCUGUGAGAGGAGAAGAGGAGAAAGAGAGAGAAAGAAAGAGAGGGGAGGCCUGCCUUUAUCAAACUGGGACCACACCCUGAGACCUGCACCAGCUUUCUGGGACUGUAACCCCCCCCCACCCACCCGUCUUUUCUAAAAUGAAGGAAGCCCACCCCAGUGUGUUGUAGAGCUUACCCUCGACUGCUGUCCUGUCUACUUCUUACCCCUCCUUCCCAUCCUCUCUGUCUCACUCUCACUUUCUCUGUCUCGCCCUCUCUCACUGUCUCACUCUCCAGGGGUGACAAGGCUGGAGGUAAGGCUGGCCUUCACCUCCACACCUUGUCCCCUCUGGAAAUAUCCCUACCCUGGCCUGGUCGUCGUCUAACGUGGCGCUGGUCCUGGCAGCAUGCUUGGCCCCAAGCCCACUGCACUAGUGGGUGUUGGUGAGGCCUUCGCUCUGAGCCAAAGUGCCUCCAGAAAUCAGAGCUCCUGUCUUGGCCUCCCGGCUAGCCUGCACUCUUCUCCAAGGACUAUUGUUUUUUAUUACUCCUUUUUUUAUGUUGUUUUUUAUUGUUAUUAUGUUUAUUUGCUUUCCAUCCUCUCCCACGAGUACAACCUUCUCCAUCUCACUCUUACCAAAAUGGAAACAAGAGAAACGGAACUUCCACAAGGACACAUAACAGUACACACAUGCUGCACAGUUGGUGUUACCAAGACCAAGGAAGAGGGCAAGGAAGAGGCCAUUCAGAAAACUGAUUCAAAACUAUG